CGAGCCAGCGAUCGCCACGCCGCCGGGCACGCGGCGAGCACGCAGCCGACUCGCUGGAGUGGAGAUCACUCCUCCUCCUACUAGCCCUAGCAGAGGAGAGCGGCUCGAGCUCGUCUCCGCAUCUAGGGCUAGGGUUUUGUUUUGUUUUUUUCCAUCCCCAUCGCGAGGAGGAGGUGCAGUGGAUGGAGCCCGCGGCGACGCCGGCGAUGGACCCGGGCGAGAUGCAAUCCAUGCUUCUGGCGGCGGCCGAGUUCGCAUCCUACCCAGGAGCGCAUGGUGAUGACGCUGUGAGGCAGUUCCUGGAGCAAUUCCCUCUUCCUAAGCUGUUAGGUGCAUUGCAGAGUGAGGGUGAUGUGCCUGGGAUGGAUGAAACUGUUGCCGCAUGCCUGGAUAAAGUAUUUUCUUCGAGAUAUGGAGCAUCACUUCUGCCAAGUUAUGGUGCAUUUAUUCAAGCUGGGUUGCUCGCAAACUCGAAGAAUCUCAGGCAAUUAGCCUGCAAAGCUGUGAUACAUCUUCUUGAAAAGGCUGGAGAUAGUGCUGUUGCUGUGGACACAUUUGUUCAGCACAAUCUAUAUCCUCUUCUGAUCAACUGUUUAACUGAGGGAGAUGAGGAGAUCUCAGCAAUUUCUCUGGAUGGCAUAAAACGUUUAGCAGAAAUUCCUAAAGGAUUUGAGAUCAUAUUUCCACCAAAUGGUCAAGGGUCUGUCCAGCUCGACAAAGUGGCAGCUCAGUCAUCCUCAAUGGCACGAAUUCGCAUUCUAUCGCUGAUAGCUAAGCUCUUUGCUGUGUCAACUAAUAUUGCUACUGCCAUUUUUGACUCAAAUCUUCUCAGCUUAUUUGAGGAUGAGAUUAAAGAUAGAAGAGACAUGCUUAAAACCUUGAGUUCACUAGAGGUCCUCUAUGAGCUUGUGGAACACCCUCACAGCAAUAUCUUCUUGCUGAAGACCAACUUGCUUCAACUCAUAGUUGAUGUGAUCAAUGAUUCAUCGACUGAUUCUAUUGUACGGUCAAGGGCAACACUGAUUAGUGGGAGGCUUCUUUCUUCAGCUGAUGCUUUCACAGCAAUAGAUCAAAAUUGUGUUACAAGCCUGCUUCUAGCCAUAGACAAAAUAUUGCAGAUGGAAGAUAGUCAAAAUACGGAUGAGACUGAGAGUGCAUUGGAAGCAUUAGGUCUUAUUGGUACAACAUCUGUCGGAGCAUGUUUGUUGCUCACAGAUCCAUCAAAUGCUGCCAGACAUGUGGUAGAUGCAUCCUUUGAUAGACAGGGCAGAGGUAAACAGCUGGCUGCUUUGCAUGCAUUUGGAAGCAUAUGUGGCGCUGAUCGGCAGGAAGACCAGAUAAAACUGGAUAAUCAAGCAGAAGAAUGCCUGAAGCACUUGGUCUAUGCUACAGCAAGAAACAGUCCAAAGCUGACCCCUUCAGCUCAUCUUCUGGCAAUGUUACAGCAAGACCCAGACAUAAGGAUAGCUGGUUACAGAGUGAUAUCUGUGCUUGUUGCAAGAGAAUGGUGCUUAAUGGAAGUUUGUUCAAAGUCAGAGAUAAUCAACCUUGUAACAGACCCCAAAAUGGAGAUGACAAAACUUGGUAUGGAAGCUCGGUACGAUUGUUGUGUGGCAAUCAGCAAAGCAUUGUCAUCAUUGCAUCUUCUUCAUGAACCAAGGCUUUCAGAACUCAUUGCGAAGUUGAACGAAGCGGUUAAAAGGGGUCCUUAUCUUUCUGAGAGGAAGCGCGUGGAACCACAGCCGGUCGUUGUCCCGGCAGAGAGGUUUUAGUUCUUCGGCUGAAGCACAGGCCAUCUAACCUUGCAAUCUGGAGAAACUGAGCAUUGCCUAUGCAACUGGCUUUUUGUAUAUGGUUAACCGAAAAUAGAGAUGCUGUGCUGCACCACCUGUGUUCAGUGUUCCUAGUGCGCUAAACUUGUAUAUGACAACUGACGAGACUGUUAUAUUCAGUAACCGAAAAGGAGGAUUGAUGAUGCCAAA